AUGAUCAGAUCUGUACCUCCAAUGAGCGAGAAGAUCCACCGUGUCUGGCUUGACUGUGAUCCGGGCCACGACGAUGUCACUGCCAUCUUGCUUGCUCUGCAUACGCCGAACAUCGAGCUUCUGGGUGUAUCUACUGUUCACGGCAACGCCGACGCCGAGAAUACAGCUCUCAACGCCGCACGCGCUCUCGUAGCCUUUGACGCGCCAUCUCAUCUCAAGACGUAUGCAGGCGCUGCCAAACCUUUGCUACGAGCCGCGCUCUACGCACCUGAGAUUCACGGUACGGACGGCCUGGGCGGCGUUGAAGGGCUUCCCUUACCGACGGCGCCCGACGUGCUCGCCAGAGUAGCGAAGGAGAUACCCGCUCUUGAAGCCAUGGCUAAGGCCGUUAGAGAAGCGGAAGGGCCGGUACACCUACUAGCCAGUGGACCGUUGACGAAUAUCGCGCUAUUCGUGAGCGUAUACCCAAGUCUGCUGAAGAAGAUAGAAGCCAUUGUGUUCAUGGGUGGUGGGAUUGGGAUGGGGAACAAGUCGCCGGCGGCAGAGUUCAAUAUCCUAUGCGAUCCUGAAGCCGCUCAGAUCGUACUGGAUGCACCGGUGCCUAGCGUCAUGCUCCCGCUCAACGUUACACACCAAGCCAUAGUCAACCAUGCAGUACAAGCUCGCCUACUGGAUCCUUCCUCCCUCCUCGAGCAGCCCGUCCCACUUACACCUUUACGCCGCAUGCUUUCGACGCUCAUCAACUUCUUCGAAGAGACAUACCGAGACGUAUUCGGCUUCCUUGACGGACCUCCCUUGCACGAUGCGCUCACCGUCGCGUUCGUCGCGCAUCCGGAGCUGUUCAAGACGAAGCGGUAUAGGGUAGAUGUCGAACUUAGCAGCCCGUUAACAGCCGGAGAGACUGUUGCGGAUAUCUACGGGUACAGGAAGUGCGAUGAGAGUUGGGGCUCGACAGGCCGGAACUGCCUGGUUGCAAUGGAGCUAGACGCGCCCAAGUUCUUCGACUAUUUCCUCCAAGCCGUCGCAUCUUGCGACACCGUCUCGCCGUUGAAUAGACCAUAG